AUCGAGAUGCUUGAACAGUUACAAAAAAUAAUUUAGGGCUUUACGCAGACGACCGGCUCUCUCUCUCAAGGCAAAGUAGGAGCACCCAUCUCUGCUUUCUCUCAAGUCUCACCUUUGGCUUUGGAGUCUCUAGACCGCAGUUUAUUGAUAUGAGAAGGGUGUCUACCAUUGAUGGGUAUUUCAAAAAAAAAAACCCAAAUUGUUCAAUUUUAGAGGUCAAUGCUGGUGAGAUCCCAUUGCCGGCUUCAACAACUAUCGAUAUACCAAUAAUCGAAAAAAUUGACAUACCAGAGGAAAAUGCUGGUGAGACUUCAUCGCCAGCUUCUACUACUAGUAUUGAUAUACCAAUAUUUGAAAAUUCACCUACAAAGUAUCGAAGAAUUGAAGUUAGGAAAAUUGAUGUGAGUUUGUUGGAGUGUGAUCCUGGAUUAUGUAAGCAGAUAUGCGACUAUGAUGUUAACCAACAAGAUGAAAUUCGAAGAGCUUAUAUUAAGCUAGGUCCUUGCCAACCUAUACUUCCCAAUUAUCCAAAAUCUGGAAAAGAAAAGCACCUACGCAGUUUUCACCGCGCUUGGUUCAAGGCAUUUCCUUUGUGGCUUGAAUAUUCAAUUGAAAAAGAUGCAGCCUUUUGUCUUCCGUGCUUUCUUUUCAGCAAGUCCACUGGAACAUCUGGUUAUCAUGGGCAAGUUGCAUUCAUAAUUGAGGGAUUUAAGUCUUGGAAGAAAGCAAUGGAUGGAGUCCGGGGUGGUUUUUUUAAUCAUGUGGGAAAAGAUCCGAGCUCUUUUCACAAAAUUGCCCAAAGAUCAUGUGAAGAUUUGAUGAAUCAAUCGCAACACAUACAAAAGGUGCUAGAUAAUUUCACUUCAGAGCAAAUUGCAAAUAAUAGACUACGGUUGAAGGCCUCAAUUAAUACGGUAAGAUUGCUCGCACAUCAAGGUAUUGCUUUUAGAGGGAGAGAUGAAAGUGCUAGUUCAAUGAAUCGUGGAAAUUUUCUUGAAACAUUACAUUAUGGUGCGUCUUUCAGUGAGAAAAUGGUUGACUUGAUAAAGAAUGCUCCCAAGAAUGCAACUUACACAUCCCCACAAAUCCAAAAAGAAAUUCUACAUGCUUGUUCAACCAAAGUGCAGAAGGAAAUUCGGGAAGAAAUUAGUGAUGCAAAGUUUUGUUUGAUUGUUGAUGAAGCUCAUGAUGAAUCAAUGAAAGAGCAAAUGGCUAUAGUUUUAAGAUUUGUUGACAAGUGUGGUUUUGUGCGAGAACGUUUUUUUGUGGUUGUCCACGUCCCUAACACUACCUCAUUAACCUUAAAGCAUGAGAUCUAUUCUAUACUAUCUCAUCAUAGUCUUAAUAUUCAAAAUAUUCGAGGUCAAGGAUAUGAUGGUGCGAGUAAUAUGAGGGGUGGGUGGAAUGGCUUGCAAGCUUUGAUUUUGAAGGUUUGUCCAUAUGCUUAUUAUAUUCACUGUUUUGCGCAUAGAUUGCAAUUGGCACUAGUGGCAUCAUCGAAAGAAGUUGGUGUUGUUUAUUGUUUUUUCACAAAAUUGCCUCCGAUUGUCACUACAGUUGGUGCUUCGUGCAAACGUUUUGAGGAACUGAAAUUGGCUCAAGCGAGUGAUAUUGAACAUUUGUUAGCAAUUAAUGAGCUUGAGAGUGGAAGCGGACUUAAUCAGAUUAGCACUUUGCAACGACCUGCCGAUACUCGUUGGAGUUCUCACUUGAGAUCAAUUUCUAGCUUCAUAAAGUUGUUUAGUCCCACAUGUGUUGUUUUGCUUAAAGUCCAGGCUGAAGGAAAUAGUUCUCAAAGAGGAGAAGCGAAAUCGGCAUAUGAGGAAAUCACCACAUUUGACUUCGUCUUUAUGUUGCACUUAAUGAAAGAGAUUUUGUUGAUAACAGAUUCUCUUUGCCAAGCUUUACAAUGUAAGACUCAAGACAUUUUAAAUGCCAUGAAUCUUGUUUCAUCUACCAAAGAACUUCUUCAAAAACUUAGAGAUGAUGGAUGGGAUGCUUUAAAUUCCAAUGUGAUAUUAUUUUGCGAGGCACGGAAUAUUGAUGUUCCUGACAUGAAUGGUCGUUACAUUGAGAGAGGCGGUCGAGCUCGCCAUCAACAAGAUGAUUUUACUAUUGAACAUCAUUAUCAAGUGGAUAUUUUCAAUGCCGUGAUAGAUUAUCAAGUGCAAGAGUUAAAACGCUGAUUUGGUGAGCAUGCCAUGGA